AUGAACAUCAAGCGCAACAACGAGAUGAAGGGUCGUCAACAGCGCUCGGUCUCUCCCAAGAUGAGCAGAAAUGAACAUCAACAACGACAGCCGGUGAAGGACGUUGUUGAACCAACAGCAGCCGCCAGUUCCGCCGCGGCCUCAAGUGCGGCCUCAAGUGCGAGUGUGAUCGCGGAAUACGACCGAAAUCACGUCCCGACGAAGCGUCUUCUAUCUGAC